AUGGACUUUAUCUCAUUCCGCAGCGUCAAGUGCUUCCUGAUCUUUAUCUGUAUAUUGGGGAAAGACAUUAUGAAGUUAAAAUCCCGGAUCCGGGAAGACUCGAAGAAAGUUCGGAAACACAUGGCGCUCUCCUGGGACACCCAUUCUUCUUCGCUGUAA